AUGACACGAACAAGCCCUGAUAACCUUUUCACCGAGCGGCGCCGAUCAUACCGACCUAGGCCUACCCCUCUUGCAGAUCAGCUCCGUGAUUUGGAAACUCUCCAAAGGAUUCAGACCGGAACCGACCCACGCUUGUUGAUCAAUCCCGAUAUUGUCUUGGCACACCAGCAACUAGAAGAGGACCUACAUCGUCAAACGGAUCCUAAUCCAGCAGAUGAGGAAAAUCAACCCGAUGAAGAUUUUAAUCAUUAUAAUCCAGCGUCAGAAGCCAAUGAAGAUGUCGACGGUCAUUUCAGUCUAAUUGAUGAAUUGAAUGCACAUCACACCUCAGUAGAUCAGCAAAAUCGACAUCAGUCAAUCAAUAACCACUGGACCAGAUUGAUCCCAACCCUUCAUGGAGCGUACCUCUGGCUCCAAAUCAAGACCAACAAUUGGACAAGUUCCAACGCUUUUGAAAACUUUUCAACAGACUUUUGCACAUGCAACCAGUUUAAACAUCGAAAAGUGGACUUCAUUGAUUUGAAUAUCCAAAAAAGAGAAGUCAUCCCGUUCUGCCAGUGCACACCCGACAUGCUACACUUACUUGCUCGUGGAUACAUAGGCAGUACACCGGUGGCCCCUCAGACUGCUUUUUCGAUCAACCUACUCGCUUUCCACAAUCAUUUGUGGCAGUGGUGCACUGUAGGCACCCUGCCUUUCAUGAAGGCCAUGCAAGCAUGGCUAGAGGAGCGCUCAAUGCCGCUUCUAACCCAAUCAGGAAACCGGCGAGAUCUCCGUACAAACUUCGCAGCUGCCAUAGAUGUCUAUCGCUUACUUGGUCGUCGAACAAACGACAUUCUUAAAGAUACCCUCCACUUAACUAGGCAUCAAUUGUUGGCUUUAGAUUCUUGCCCUGCGUGCUUUGGCUCAGCUUCACCCAGCAACUUACAACGAGAUCCCUCCAAUCACACUGUAACGACUAGACUCGGACCAGCUCCUCAAAGUUCUAAUCCUCCUGAAACUGUAGCUCCAAAUCUACAGGAAUCAACCACUUUGAACAGGCUGCCUCAAGACCCGGGAAACCGCCCACCUCCUUUGAUAAUAUGUCUUGACGGUAACUUCCAACACAGACAUCACUUUGCUGGAAGUCGGAAUUAUGUUGAACUGGUCACUCCUGAUAAAUUUGUGAAGCCCGAGUCGAUAACCGAGAUGAAUGACUACAUCAAGCGCCAAGAAGAAAUACACCGCGUCAGAGGAACUCGAGAUCGUUGUGCCGAUUCACACAAAGCCGCAGAUGAUAAGAGGAACAAGUCAACUUGGAAAGCAUGUGAUGAUACAGGUCUGAUGGGAUGUUGCUGCAGGCAUGACUCAGCAGUUUAUCUUGCUAACAUUUCUGACGGCGGGGAAAAUCGCAAGUAUCCCUUGGCUAUACUCAACCAGGUUCUAUCUGAUGUUGACUCGACUAGGGAUGUUCAAGUUCUCUAUGAUAUUGGAUGUAAUCUGAAAAAGUUUGUCGACCUUCGCCAUCUGUUCCCUGAAGAUGCCAAUCGGCUCAAGUUUGGCACUUCUGUGUUUCAUUCCUAUGUACACAACUGGAAGUGCCAGCUGGAAUUUAGCCCUCGAUACAACGAUGGAUGGGGCCUGUCCGAUGGGGAAGGGCUAGAACGACUUUGGUCUUAUCUGUCGCCUCUGGUCAGCCCACUACGAUACGCUACCCGAAAUCAUCGACUUUCUGCACUUGCACACAAGAUCCACUUCCACAACAAACGAGGAAUAGAAAACUUAAUACACUGGAUUGAGCAUAAAUACCAUCAGGCGGCGCGACGAAAAGAGGAAUCAACCAUCAAGCUUGACUCGCUUUCUAAGCUGAUAAAUCCAUUUGUCUCACCCAGAGCAACUUACGAUCUCCGGUUCUUUGAGGAACAAUGGAACCAUCAGCGCCAGUUUCAAUUAACUCACUCCGAUGCAGAUCGCGAGCGGCAAGAACGUCUGGCAAUGUUUUUAGAUCGGGAAGCAAGUUUGAAUCGGCUGAGAGCACAACUCAAUCAGAUGACAGCCACCAAUUCUGGGUCCUAUGACGACAUAGUCCAAUCACUAGUGGAAAUUGCCUCAAGUGCAGAACAACAACGCGGAUUUGCAAGCGAGCUUCCUGGAGAGUACAAUGUCUUGAUUGGUCAAGAUGCUCCGCGCAGAAGACUACAGCUGCUACUUUGGCAUUCAAAAUCCGCAUUGUACACUCAUGCCGUUGAAUUAUUUUCAGAAAGACAACCCUUGUACCGCGGAACUCAUAUUGGAACAACACUUAGCACACGCAUAAUUGCAGCAAUCGACCGUCGAAAGGGGCCUAUUGAGACUGCCAUAAGGAAGUAUAAUGGCUAUCAAGCUGAUUACCUCGCGCUUUUGUUACCCAAUGAAACCCAACCAGAUAUACCAGAGAUGACUUAUCGGGUAUUUGUCAACCUGUCGCUCGACGAUGCUUUUUGGCAAGACGUUUACCUGUAUCAUUCGCGAGCGCCUUGGGCUGUCAACUCUGAUGUACGUUCUGGAAUCCAUGCGAUGUUGAUUUCACAAAGAGCAGACGAAGAAUUCGCUCUGGUACGGCAUGAAUUUCUUUCUGCCAUUUCGUGGGCUGUUAAUCAUCAUGCAGCCCUCAAGGCUAAAAUUACUGUCAUUGACCGCUUUAUUUCAGAAUUAUCCGAAGACGAUGAUGAAGAUAUGGAGUCCGAAGACUCAGCGGCCGGUGUUCUCACCUCGAUCAGCUUGGGCGAUUGUGGCAACUCAGUCAAGGCUGAACUGCUACUAUCAAUCUUGAACAGCUACUUAACUAAACACGAGGCCCUCAUGCGUAGCUGGUCGACCGAUGUUGAGUCCUUGUGGAAGCAGUUACACGGGAACGGCCCACAGGCCCACGAGUGGUUCAGGAUUAUAUCGACCCUCAAAUCAGCGGACCAAAGUGAAACUGCCCCCCCUGUCGAAGUUGGAGGUCGCGCGGAGGAGGUUAUUGAUGCGAACGAGGGAGUGGAUGAUGAGGAAGGGGAAGAGGUGGAAGCAAGUGAUUUGAUCAAUCACAUACACAUCAACCCGCAAUCUCACGAAUAA